AUGGGCAGAGUAUAUGUGAGAAAAACGACAAGAGCAUCUUGGACCGAAGCUGCAAUGUCAACAGCCAUGGAAAAAGUGAAAAGUGGUCAGAUGGGGAUAAAUGCAGCCAGUAGGGAGUAUGGUAUACCUUCAAGAACUUUGAGGAGAUAUCUAGCUACGAAUAGCUCUACAAUGUACUUAGGUAGAAGUCCAGCUCUAAGUAGAGAACACGAAAAAAGGUUGGUCCGGCAUAUACAGGCACUGGGAGAAGUGGGGUUCGCACCGAGUAGAAAUGAUGUGAAAAAAAUGGCUUUUGCUUUCGCCAAAAAGUUAAGCAUAAACUGUUUCUCUGAAAAUGAUGAGUCAGCAGGGAAAGUUUGGUUAAAUGGAUUCUUAAGAGGAAAUCCCAGCUUAUCUAUCAGAAAAUCUGAAGGCCUCUCACUAGCUCGGGCCCAAGGGAUGAAUAGGAUAGAAGUUGGUGAUUAUUUUGAUCUCUUGCAUAAACUAUUAAUUGACAAUGACUUAUUAGAUAAGCCGUCCAAAAUAUUCCAUAUGGACGAAACAGGCAUUCAAGUGAACAAUAAGGCAGAGCGUGUUGUUGCUACGAAAGGGAGUAAAGAUGUCUAUUCUCUCACAAGUGCAGAAAAGGGUGAAAAUAUCUCAUUAAUAGCAUGCUGCAAUGCUGAAGGGACAUUUUUUCCGCCAGUCCUAAUAAUGAAAUGUAAAUACAGAAAACCAGAUUUUUUAGAUGGACUUCCUCCUGGCUCCGAUGUUUAUAUGAACCAAAAGACCUCGUACAUUAACAGCGAUUUAUUUAUAAAGUGGUUCCGUGAAUACUUCAUUCCAAGAAAAGGUACCGGCAACGCGUUACUGAUAUUGGAUGGUCAUGCAUCACAUUGCAAUGCGGUUGAACUUUUGGACUUGGCUUCUGAAAACAACAUUGAACUUUUAUGUCUGUCCAGCCAUACAACGCAGGCAUUGCAGCCUCUCGACAAAUCUUUUUUUAAACCGCUCAAAAGCUAUUUUGCGCAAGAGGCAAGAACAUGGAUGAUUAAUCACAAAGACAGAAAGUUGAACAGGCACAACGUUUCUGCACUGAUAGGAAAGGCUUGGGUUAAAUCAGUUUCCGUUAGUAAUGCAGUAUCCGGAUUCAAGGCAACAGGUAUUCAUCCAUAUGACCCAUCUGUUAUCCCCGAACAUUUUUUUAAUAUCUCUGAUGCUGCAUGUGCCAACGUACAGGUACCAAAUCAAGAAGUUCUUCCUGAAGGAGUUGCCGCUGCCGAAAUCCCCAAUGAUCUUGCAACAGAUCCUCAGCAAGAAAUAUCCUGUGAUUCUGCAGCAAAUUCUCAGCCGGAACCGAAAGAAUCUCCAUCUAAAGAAGUUGUUCCCGAAGAAGUUGCCGCUGCUGAAAUCCCCAAUGAUCCUGCAACAGAUCCUCAGCAAGACUCAAAAGAAACUCCAUCCAAACUUUUAAGGGAAAUUGCUUCCGUGCCAACUAUUCCAAUUAAUACCUCAAAAAGGAAGCAGUCAGCUAUUAUCCUAACAUCUCCAGAAAAUAGAGCCAAACGACAGAUUCUGUCUGAUAAAAAGUCAGCUAAACAUUGCCCAAAUGUUCCAGUGCUCCUAGCACAUCCGGAGUAA